UUGAUUAUAUACAACACUUUGAGUGGUGAAGUUUAUUUGUAAACGCGCGUGGAAGUAAAGAUGACUUCCAGAGAAUAUAAGAAAGUUAUAUGGACAGCUCUGUUAAUCUUGUUAGCGUUUAUAAUAGGCGUUUUGAUAGGUUAUUUUUCACGAACAAUAGUGUUUCAGCCGGAUUCCAGGACGAAGUUAUUAGACAAACUCAAUCGAGACGGGGACAAUAGUAUAACACAAAAGUUAUUUGAUAAAAUAGAUACAGGACAGAUAGACAGUAAUUUAAGAAUACUAACAGGAAAACCCCGGUUAGCAGGGACAGAGAACAAUAGAGAGAGUGGCGAUUUUGUUCACCGACAGUUUCUUCAGUAUGGCUUGCAGUCUGAAAUUAUAGAAUAUAACGUUACUUUAUCAUACCCUGACAAAACUGCUGAUAAUUAUGUUUCUGUAAUCGAGGAAGACGGGACAGAAACAUUCAAAACAGUUGUUAUUGUUGAAGGAGAUGAAGUACAACCAUACAAUGCAUUCUCACCAUCUGGAAAUGUUAUGGGAAAUUUGGUUUUUGUCAACUAUGCUCGGGAAUCAGAUUUUCAAAAACUUAAUGAUAUGAACAUCAAUUGUUCCGGUAGUAUUGUUAUAGCAAAGUAUGGAAAAGGCUUCCGAGGUAACAAGGUUAAGAAUGCAUAUGAAGCAGGAGCUGUAGGUAUAAUACUAUACUCUGAUCCUGGUGAUUAUGCCCCUUCUGGUACAAAUUCAACAUAUCCAGAUACAGUUUUCCUACCAAACGACGGAUCACAGAGAGGAAAUAUUGUUCUUAAUAAAGGGGACCAGAGUACACCUGGAUAUCCAGCUAAUGAAUAUUCUUACAGAUUAAGAGAACAUGAAAUAAAUGCUCGGCUACCAAAGAUCCCGUGUUUACCCAUCAGUUAUAGUAAUGCGUAUAGCCUGCUGAGUCUGAUGACUGGUGACCAAGUACCAGACGAAUGGAAAGGUAGUCUAAAUAUCACCUAUAGAAUUGGUCCAGGUUUAACUAAUAAAAGGAAAAUAAAUCUCAAAGUUAGUAACACACUUGAAUACAAACGUAUCUUUAAUGUUAUUGGGAAAAUUAAAGGUGAACUAGAACCGGAUAGAUAUGUGAUGCUCGGUAACCACCGGGAUGCCUGGGUUUUCGGUUCAAUAGAUCCGAUGUCGGGUACCAUAGUUAUGAUGGAAACAGCCAGGGUUUAUGGACAAUUAUUGAAAGAAGGAUGGAGGCCCCGACGAUCGGUGUUGUUUUGUAGUUGGGAUGCCGAAGAAUUUGGAUUAGUAGGAUCUUUUGAAUGGGUGGAGGAUAACAGCAAAUGGUUGACAUCUCAAGCUGUUGCAUAUAUAAAUGUAGAUAGCGCGGUAUCAGGGAAUGACACAAUUCAUUUAAAAACGGUGCCAUUGCUUCAAAAGGUGUUUGAGGAUGCAUCAGAUAAGGUACCUGACCCUUAUGGCAAAUACAAAAGUGUAUAUGAAGCUUGGAGUAGUCACCCAAGGUUCAGAGUGUACAAAAUGGGUGGUGGUAGUGAUCACGUCCCUUUCCUCGCAGGACUUGGAAUACCAUCUAUGUACCCAAAGUAUUCGUACUUGAAAGAUAUUUGGGACUCUACAACAACACCACUUUAUCAUUCCCGUUAUGAGAAUUAUCAUGCAUUCAAAAUGAUUGAUCCAGAACUGAAGUUUGCAAAAACGAUGACAUCCAUUAUAUCUGAGAGCAUUAGAAAUUUGGCUGAUUCCCGAAUAAUUCCGUUCGACGUUGAUAGAUAUCUUGAAUAUAUUUCCAACGCAGUGGAAGAACUAUUGAACCAUUUAGGACAAGUAGUUGGACCAAAGAUGGAAGAGUGGAUACAUAGAUCUGUUAACGCCUUUCAUGUAUCAGCUUCUCGUUUGAAAUCGAUCAUCGCAGCAAUAAACAAUGACAAUGAUGAUCCUUUGUAUGCUAGACAAGUAAAUGACAAGUUGUUAUGGUUAGAACGUACUUUUUUGAUCGAUGAAGGAUUGCCAGGAAAUUCUAUGUACAAACAUUUAUUACAUUCCCCUGAUUCAGCAAAUUAUUACGGUGGUGUGGCAUUCCCUGGUUUAGGUGGAAUUACUCAAUGUAUUGACAUUCAAAAUACAACUGAGUGUCAUGUGGAAAUUCAUAAACACGUAGCUAAGAUAAUACAAUGUAUCAUUGAUGCUGCUAAAACUUUAAACAGCUAAACAGACAAUGUUAAAAUAUUCUGUAUAGAACUUCAUUGUCUGAUAUUAUAUUUGAACAUAGCUAUGAGAGGGAUGAAUUAUUUUUUUGAAUCUUCAUCAUUAUUCAUAAUCAUGCCACUAUUUGGCUUUCCACGAUAAUGAGUGUCUAUUUACCUGCAUGCAAAACCCGAUAAAAUAUUCGUUUUGCUAUUUCUGGUUUAACAGGCCUAUAAAAACUGCACUUACAUUUAAGUUAGUUCAUUUUGUUGAAAAUUGUAUCGUAAUUGUUAUACUUGAACAAAUAAAAUUCGUUCCACAAA